UUGUUGAGCGGACGCUAGAGGGCAGUGCGGCGCACUUUGGGGCAGGUAUAUAAACAGACCUGCAGCUCGAUCUGCCACUUGGACUCAUCGCUCAAAAUGGAGAAUCGUGUUGUCUUCUGCUUUUCAUUCAUAACUCUGUUUAUUUGUGUGAAAUGUUCAUUGCCUCCUCCAUGCGACAGUGAAAUCUUCUGCUCAGGCCCCAUCCUGCAUCACAUGCAGGAAGCAAAGCUGUUCAACGACGACAAACACUUUGUGGACAUGAAGCUGAAGUCGCCUCCUGGUGAAGUUUUGGCGUCUUUUCAAACGCUGUUAAACCAGUGGCCGAACUCCAGCAUCCCAACUGAGAAGCUCCAGGAGUUCCUGGAGGCAAACUUUGACAAACCGGGGACGGAGUUUGAGACGUGGACGCCGACCGACUGGCGGGAAAAGCCGCGGUUCCUGAGUGGAAUCGCAGACGAGCCGCUGAGGCUGUGGGCGGAGCAGAUCCACGGCCUGUGGAAAUCUCUGGGCAGAAAGAUCAAAAUCAGUGUCAAAGAUCACCCGGAGCUCUACUCUCAGAUUUUCACCCCACAUCCGGUUGUGGUUCCGGGCGGCCGCUUCCGGGAGCUCUACUACUGGGACUCCUAUUGGGUCAUCAACGGGCUCCUUCUGUCGGAGAUGACGGACACGGCUCACGGCAUGAUUCAGAACUUCCUCUUCCUGGUCGAAAGAUACGGGUUCGUUCCCAACGGCGGGCGGGUUUACUACGAGCGGCGCAGCCAGCCGCCCUUCCUGCCGCUGAUGGCGGAGAGCUACCACGGAGCAACCGGCAACCAGCAGUUCCUCCGAGCAGCUCUACCGGCUCUGGAGACGGAGUACCGGUUCUGGAUGCAGAACCGAUCAGUGACGGUGACCGGGUCAGAACACGUUCUGAACCGGUUCAACGUGGAGGCGGACCUGCCCAGGCCUGAAUCGUACACAGAUGAUCUGGAAUUAGCCGAAGGACUCUCCGAUGAGGUCAGGCGGUGGCUGUUCGUGGAUCUGAAGGCCGGCGCCGAGUCCGGUUGGGACUUCACGUCCCGCUGGUUCAUCAACGCCAGCGGCCAGAACAGCGGGACGCUGAGAGACACGCGGACCAGCCAGAUCCUCCCCGUCGACCUCAACGCCCUGCUCUGCCGCAACGAGAGACUCCUGGCCUCUUUCCACCAGCUGCUGGGUAACGACGAGUCGGCUGCUCUGUACGAGCGAGCGGCGGCGCGCAGGACGCAGGCGAUGGAGGCACUGCUGUGGGACGCAGAGAGGGGAGCGUGGUUCGACUACAACCUGCUGACCAACUCCAAACAUUUUGACUUCUACCUGUCCAACCUGGCGCCCCUCUGGGCCCAGUGCUACUCCCAGCCAGACAUGGGGGAGAAGGCGCUGCAGUACCUGAAGGCCAGCGGCGCCCUGGACUUCCCCAACGGCGUGCCGACGUCACUGAGGGACUCUGGGCAGCAGUGGGACUAUCCCAACGCCUGGCCGCCUCUGCAGCACAUGCUCAUCGAAGGUUUGUCCAAACUGUCCUCAGAGGAGGGAAAGAAGCUGGCGUUUGAUCUGGCGCAGCGCUGGAUCAAAACGAACUGGCGGGCCUAUGAGAUACACGAAGCCAUGUUUGAAAAGUACGACGUGAACGGAGACGGAAAACCAGGCGGAGGUGGAGAAUACGACGUUCAGCUGGGCUUUGGUUGGACCAACGGCGUGGCCCUGCAGCUCCUGGAUCAGUAUGGGGCGACUCUCACCUCAGGAGGCGGCCGUGUGCGCCCUGACCUCCUGCUGCCUCUGGUCGCCUCCGUCGCUCUCGUGCUCCGGUGAAUCGAGGCGUCAGAGGAACCCGGCUGAGGCUCGGAUUUUAUUUCUGCCUUCGUGUUUCGACUCGCACUUCCUCGUCCUGAAGAGACUAACGAGGAUGUUUUUACCGCCGAAGUAGCUGCAGCAACCUAAUACAAUUACUGUUAAUUGGUUUCAUUCCUCUGAGGUGAAUAAUGUUUGGGUUCCUGAGAAGAUUUAACAUUUUGUGCCACUGAAGCUCAGACAUGAAACUGAGAUGAAAAAUAUUUAUCCAACUGAUCCUGUUCUUGUAUUUAUUUUAUGCAAGAGGAUAAAAGCCACUGAAGAAAAAAAGUUAGAUUUGUUUUGUUUUUCCUCAGAAUUGACAUUUUCUCAGCAUUUAGAUUUUGGCCUCCCAAUAUUUUGACUCUAAUCUAAAAGUUAAGAGUUUUUACCACAUAAUUCUGACUUUAAUAUCAGAAUUCAGUUUUUUUUCUCAGAAUUCUGAUUUUAAUCUCAGAAUUCUGAUUUAUAUUUCAGAAUCUUUACUUUUUUCUCAAAAUUCAAAUUUAAUCUCAGAAUUUUGAUUUUUUUCCCCCUCAGAAAUCUCACAUUUUUUUAGAAUUCAGAGUUUUAUCUUCAAACGUCCGACUUAAAUCUUAGAAUUUUGACUUUUUUUCUCAGAUUUCUGAAUCUGUGUCCAUCUAUGUUAAAACCAAUAUAUUCUUAGGUGCAUGUAAGUUAUGUUGUUAGCAUCAGCUUAAUAUGCUAACAAGUUACAAUCCCAUAACUGUCUCCUUCUUGUUAUGAGAUUAGUAAACUGGCUCUUCAUCUAAAAGACUUGAUUUGUCUGCAUGAACAAUCUAAGGAUUCUUAUUCUGAGAAAAAGUCAUAUUUUUUUUCUUUUGAUUCUCUGAUAUUAUUGUCAUUGUCGUGAUUUAAAAAAUAAAUAAAAUAUAAAAAGAUA